AGUGCUGCCCUCUGCUCCCCCAUCCCAGCGCUUUGGUUUCUCCCACCUGGCAGUCUUUGGGGGACGCUGGAUGAGCCCAUUUCUGAAGUGCGGAGGGGCCGGGCUUCUUAGGCGGCGGGCGGAGCCUGGGCCUGGGAGAGGAACAGGGCCCUGGAGCACCCGGUUUCGGGACAGUAGGGUUGGUCUAUCAGCUAUGCCGCUGCCCGUUGCGCUGCAGACCCGCUUGGCCAAGAGAGGCAUCCUCAAACAUCUGGAGCCUGAACCAGAGGAAGAGAUCAUUGCCGAAGACUAUGACGAUGAUCCUGUGGACUAUGAGGCCACCAGGUUGGAGGGCCUACCACCAAGCUGGUACAAGGUUUUCGACCCUUCCUGCGGGCUCCCUUACUACUGGAAUGCGGACACAGACCUCGUAUCCUGGCUUUCCCCACAUGACCCCAACUCUGUGGUUACCAAAUCGGCCAAGAAGCUCAGAAGCAGUAAUGCAGAUGCUGAAGAAAAGUUGGACCGGAGCCAUGACAAGUCGGACAGGGGCCAUGACAAGUUGGACCGCGGCCAUGAGAAACCAGACAGGGGCCACGACAAGUCAGACCGGGGCCACGACAAAUCUGACAGGGAUCGAGAGCGUGGCUAUGACAAGGUAGACAGAGAGAGAGAGCGAGACAGGGAACGGGAUCGGGACCGCGGGUAUGACAAGGCAGACCGGGAAGAGGGCAAAGAACGGCGCCACCAUCGCCGGGAGGAGCUGGCUCCCUACCCCAAGAGCAAGAAGGUAAGCCGAAAGGAUGAAGAGUUAGACCCCAUGGACCCUAGCUCAUACUCAGAUGCCCCCCGGGGCACGUGGUCAACAGGACUCCCCAAGCGGAAUGAGGCCAAGACUGGCGCUGACACCACAGCAGCUGGGCCCCUCUUCCAGCAGCGGCCGUAUCCAUCCCCAGGGGCUGUGCUCCGGGCCAAUGCAGAGGCCUCCCGAACCAAGCAGCAGGAUUGAAGCUUCGGCCUCCCUGGCCCUGGGUUAAAAUAAAAGCUUUCUGGUGAUCCUGCCCACCAU